AGAAAUCUGAACUCAACAGUGUCACGCCUUGCAGAGAACUUGUUUGGUGAAACACGUUUCCACAUGAGAGAAUCUAGAAAAAGUUGCCAAUCCCCCGAAGAAACUUGAAUCGCUUUGUCUAUAUUCCUCCACCUCCUGUUUUUUCAACCAAGAUUUUGACUCGGAGCAUCAGAAUUCCUUUUAAGAUUUGCCACGAGUCAAAAAAAGCAAGCCACAUCCGAAUGAGGCCUACGAAUCACUGCUAGUCUUUGGGCCCCUUGGAGUGGUCUAUAAAUCUUGGGAACUCGGCUCUCUUGCUCUUCCAUGUAGCCUCUGCAAGAAUCCCUCGUAGAGAGCAAGAAUGUCUGGGAAAAGGGGAUCAUCCAACAAACAUGAGGACAUGAAGCUAAGGAGAGGUCCCUGGACUCUGGAGGAGGACACUCUCCUCGUCCACUACAUUGCCUUUCACGGCGAAGGUCGCUGGAACCUGCUCGCUAGGUGCUCAGGCUUGAAGAGAACCGGCAAGAGCUGUCGUUUGAGGUGGUUGAACUACUUAAAGCCCGAUAUAAAGCGAGGCAAUCUCUCUCCCGAGGAACAGCUCCUGAUCCUCGAACUCCAGUCCAAGUGGGGGAACAGGUGGUCACGGAUUGCACAAUACUUACCGGGGAGAACCGACAACGAGAUAAAGAACUACUGGAGGACGCAGACGCAGAAGCAAGCAAGGCAGCUCAAAAUCGACGCCAACAGCACCGUGUUUCGUGAUGCAGUACGAUGGUGCUGGACGCCGAGGUUGCUGGAGCAGACGAUCUCUCCUCAGCCCGCGCAAACUCCGCAUGCCGACACGACCGCCACGGCGAUCGACCAUCCUCCCCGAGACCUCGUCCAAGAGUUGUUCCGACCCAGCACGCAUUGCCGAUUCGAGAGUCGCAGCUCGUACGAGCUAUCAGGAGCAGAGGUUCGCAACCCGAGCACCUCAUCAGCCCAAGUCUCAGGCUUGCCGGAAUCCUCGUGGAAGCCGGUGGCCGAGCUCAGUGGCAUCGAGUUCAGUCCAUUCCACAGUGGCAGCUCCGACGACAACGCCCACAGCUUAGGAGCCUGCCGCCUACCUCCCAUGACGGCAUCGGCAGAUAGCUAUGCAACAUCCGGUUGCACGGCUACUUACAAUAAUUGCAUGAACAGCGUGGGAGACAGCUUGUGGAGCAUGGAUGAACUGUAUGGAAUGCUGAAUACGUGGAUGGGGUAGAAUCUAUUAAUCCUUUUGGUCACGACUCCCAUAGAUAUAUGUGGCUUAAGGUUCCUCAUGUUUUUCUCUUUCUUUCAUUUGGGGCCUCGAAUAAGACUUCACAUCUUCUUCUUCAAA